GGGGAGGUAACCGUGUUUCCUGCACAGCGAUAGACAGCCGAGCUUCACAGACCCCGCGGAGACCCCCUCCCUCCGUCGUCUCUGAAAUGAACAAAGAACUUGCGUCUCUGUCGAGAGAGAGAGAGGGAGAGAGGGAGAGAGAGGGGCUAUGGAAAUGGAUUCCCACCGAAGACUUGAUUCUCUCACCGCUCACAUCGCCCUCUACCACUCAGCCUCCUCCAAGGUAUCGAACCCUAACCCUAGCCCUCGGGCUGCCGUACUCCGGUGGUUCUCGGGCCUGACCGUCGCGCACCGCCAGUCCGCCCUCACCGUCGCGGACGCCGACUUCCUUCGCGUCCUCCUCCAGAUGCUCUCCCGCCUCCGCCGCCGAGGCCACGGCUUCUUCUUCCUCCUCCCCGACCUCCCCUCCCCUUCCCUCCCCUCCCUCUGCUUCCGCCGUUCUUACGGUCUCCUCUCCCGCGCCGCUGCUGCCGACGCCGCCGAGAGGACCGUCGCCGAUUCCCUCCUCCUUUUCGCGUCCAGCGAUGAUUCCCCGCUCCUGGAUGCGGCCACGGUGGCGGAGGACCUUGUCUCGGAUGUUGACCGCUUCGUGGCGGUCAUGGAUGCGAUCUCUGGUGGGAGGUUCCUCAGAGGGGAGGUGAACGGGUUGGCGGCGCCGUGGGCGGAGAUGCCUUGGUUGAAGGACAAAGGCUACUACAGCUUGGAGGCGUUUGUGGCAAAUCGGCUUGAGGUUGCUCUGAGGUUGUCGUGGCUUAGCUCCCAGGGAGGCAAGAAGCUGAAGGGUGGGAAGGCAGCCAAGGAGAAAGCCUUGACUGCUGGUCUGGCGGCAAAUGCUUUUUGGAGGAAGAAAGGUUGCUUGGAUUGGUGGGCGGGGUUGGAUCCUGGAGGAAGGAAAAAAAUCUUUGAGGCCUUCUUGGGGAAGGCAGCUAAAUCUCUGGCAAAUGAAAUUAUCAGGGAGUCAGAACUUGCCUCGUGGAAUGAACUUUGUUUUCACAAGCUUGAUGGUGAAUUCCAACUAAGAUAUGGUCCCAUUCCUUGUUGGAUGAGGUCAAAGAAGCCAUUCUUCAGUAGGAAGCCAGAUUUUUGCAUGGACAUCAUUACCAACACAUCUUCUGGAAGGCCACAAUCUCUAGCCAAAUAUUUGAACUGUUUACUAGUAAUUCAGGAGAUAUGUUCUCUUUAUCUUAGUGAAUAUGAAGAAAAGAUAAUGCUCUUUAGUACACUACCAUCUGCUGAUACCAUUUCUGAUUCUAUUUUAAGGAAACUACAAAAACUCCUCAUGGGUAUAUAUACUAACUAUAUAAAUGUUGAACUUCUGGGAGAUGCAAAGUUGAAGACCAAUCAAAACAAAAGUCAACAGAAGUCUAACACUGGCUGUCUCAAAGGGAAGAAGAAAUCUCGUAGUUCUGGGAAGCCGAGGUCUGUUCCAAAGGCAUCCAAAGUUGAUUCCACCUCAUGCGAAACUUCAGUGGGUCAUGAAUGUGGAGCAGACAGUGCACGUGAUAGCACAACUAGGCUUUGUUCCCAAGAGGAGACUAUUUUGCCAAUGGAUAAUCAGAAGGCUAAAACAACUACUACUACACUGAAAGAUCAUGGAAAUGGGACUCCAUCAGCAGAGAACGACACUGAAAAUAUUGGCGACUCGUUUGAGUGCAAGAGCCAUACCAGUAAGAAGAAAAGUGGAAGAAGAAGAGCUAAAACUAAAAGUAAAAUCUCAAGCCCAAUGAAAGUUGGAUGUCCUGAUCUUGAGGAUAAAAGAUCUGAUCUUUCAUCCCUUGCUGUGGAUAUUGAAAGGAAAGAAGCCAUUGAUCCCUUGUUGAAUGGAUUAAGUGGUCCAGCAACUGUUACUCCCUUGUUGAAUGGAUCUGCUAUCAUUUCUGAUCCAUCACCAGUAGAUAAUUCAUGUGAGCCUUAUCACGAGCCAGGUUUAAUGGAUGAGAAUGGGAAUACAGGGUGCAUGAAAAAGGAUCUUGAUCUUCAUAAUACCAUAAACCACUGUGUUACUGGGUUGUGCUUUUCCAAAAGUUCAGACAGAUCAGAAAUCCACCAUGAAUGCAAGUGUGACUCACAAUCUGCUAAUACAUUAGAAGUGGUGCCACAAAUAUCUAUGACAAACAGUGCAAUCUGCUCUGAUGAAACUAGUGCAAAUUCUGUUGAUCCAUCCAUGAAGUGUUUAGAGAACGAAAACAGAUAUCAGGUAUCCAAUCUUUCUUUACCUAUGCCUGAGCCAAGUAUUAAAGGCAGAUCAUAUGAUUGGCCUGAAACCAAGAUUAAUAAUUCUGAAAAUCUAUGCAAAAUAACUUCACAGUUUGUUGCUUCUUCAAUAAACCAAGAAGGUUUUGCAAAUGAUGAUGGUUCUGUAAUUCAAAAUGAUAGUAAAACAUGCUAUUCAUAUAAUCAAACAAAUACUUUUGAAGGAAAAUCAUAUGAGUGGCCUGUCAUAGCGCCCCAUAAUUUUUCAUCUUUCAAUUCACAGCAUGUUCCUGCUGCUACGGAGAGGCUACAUUUGGAUGUUGGACAUGAAUGGCCUGCUUACCGUCAUCAGUCCUUCCUAUGUUCGAGGCAUCAGGCAAGGCUCCCUUCCAACGAGGGUGGAUGCAACCAUAUCUUACCACCUCUAACUUUGCCAAUGAGUUUUGAUUGGCCUCCUAUGGUUAAAAGUUGUACUCGAUUGAGUCAAACAGUGACUGUAAGCUAUGAUUCUGGAUAUAAUUCAAGGCUGCAAUCUUCAUAUUGUACAGGUUUUUCGGGUCAUGCAGUUCAAAAUACUGGUACUUUUAGUGAGAAUGACAGAAUUCAUACUGGAGAUAUUCUGGAUGUAUAUGAUAUGAAAAACAUAUCCGAUUUGGCAGAGGAUACUGAAAGUUAUUGGCUUUCGGAGGAGGAAAUAGAGAGUCAUAUGCUAUCUGGGAGGGAUUAUAAUCAGUUUUUUGGUGGUGGAGUGAUGUACUGGAAUCCUGCUGAACAUGUUGGAUCAGGUUUUUCUCGCCCACCAUCUCAUAGUUCUGAUGAUAGUGGAUGGGCUUGGCAUGAGGCUGAUCUUAACAGAGCUAUAGAUGAUAUGGUUGGAGUGCCUGGAUUAUCUGCUUCAUACAAUACAAAUGGUCUGGCCUCACCAACUGCCACUCAGUUUUGUUCACCAUUUGACACCGUGGGAUCUGGACACCAAUCCGUUGGUUAUGCUGUUUCAGGAAAUGAUAUUACUGGGAAGGUUAUUAACUCUUCCUCAGUGCCAGAUAUUCCUGAAGAAAAAGCUCCAAAAUCCAUGAAUAAUUCAGCUAGUGUCAUUGAAGGAGUGAAAGGAGAUACACUUCCAUUCUCAAUGUUGCGGCCAAUCAUUGUUCCAAGCAUGUCGAGAAGGGGAUCCAGAUCGGAAUUUAAGCUUGGCUAUGAACACAAAAGCCCAUGUGUGCCUUCUAGUAGGAGGGAUGUUCCCCAAAUCAAGAGACCACCAUCCCCCGUGGUACUUUGUGUUCCUCGAGUGCCUCGCCCUCCUCCACCUUCUCCUGUAGGAGAAACUAGAAAGCGUGGCUUCCCAAUUGUUAGGUCUGGAAGCUCAAGUCCCAGACACUGGGGUGUUAGGUUUUCUGAUGAAAGUGGUUCUGAGGAAAGUCGAUGUUGUUUUGAUGGUGCUGAAGUUGUAUGGCCUUCAUGGGGAAACAAAGGCCUUACCACCAAUCCCAUGGUUCGGUCAAUUCAUGGACCUUUAUUGACAGAUCAUCUCAUCACAAUUCCCCAGCUUGCCUUCGAUCAGGAACAUCCUGAUGUAGCUUUACCAUUGCAACCUCCAGAGUUGUUGAAUUGUUCAUCUGCUAAAACAUCCUUGUCUAUCAUGCACAAUCUUCUUCAUGAGGAAAUCGAUUUUUUUUGCAAGCAGGUUGCUGCUGAGAAUCUGAUUAAGAAGCCCUACAUUAAUUGGGCUGUCAAGAGGGUAACGCGUUCCCUUCAAGUCCUCUGGCCUCGCUCCAGGACAAACAUAUUUGGUUCUAAUGCGACUGGUUUAGCUCUUCCAACUAGUGAUGUAGAUAUCGUGGUUUCUCUUCCUCCAGUGCGGAAUUUGGAACCUAUCAAAGAAGCUGGAAUUUUGGAAGGUCGUAAUGGUAUCAAGGAAACAUGCCUUCAGCAUGCAGCUAGAUACCUUGCAAACCAGGAGUGGGUUAGAAAUGACUCCCUCAAGACCAUAGAGAAUACUGCGAUUCCUGUAAUCAUGCUGGUGGCAGAAGUUCCUGACGACAUUGAUAUUUCAAGAAAGAAAUCGUCCAUGGUGGAUAUACCACGAGCACUUUCAAGUAUGGUUCCUGGGAGACAAUGCAACAUUCCUACUACUGAUCUUUCUAGUUCAGACUGUACCUCUUGGCCAUAUUCAAAAAUGAAAAAGGAUGAUAACAUUGAUGUAAAGUCGAUUCGUCUUGAUAUCAGCUUCAAAUCAGCAUCACAUACUGGACUUCAAACUUCUGAACUGGUUAGAGAACUGACCCAGCAAUUUCCUGCUUCUGUACCGCUGGCUUUAGUACUUAAGAAGUUCCUGGCUGAUCGAAGUUUGGACCAUGCUUAUUCUGGUGGUUUAAGUUCAUACUGCUUGGUGUUGUUGAUUAUACGUUUUCUGCAGCAUGAACACCAUGUUGGUCGGCCUAAUAACCAAAACCUUGGUGGCCUUCUGAUGGACUUUCUCUACUUCUUUGGGUAUAUUUUUGAACCACGUCAUAUGCGUGUUUCAAUCCAAGGAAGUGGAAUUUAUAUGAACCGGGAAAGAGGACUCAGCAUCGAUCCAAUUCAUAUUGAUGACCCUCUUUAUCCAACUAAUAAUGUUGGAAGAAACUGCUUCCGUAUACAUCAGUGUAUCAAGGCUUUUGCUGAUGCUUACUCUGUGCUGGAAAAUGAGUUACCCCACUUUUCUGGUAAUUCUGUUCCAAGUUCAACCGGAAAAUUCAGGCUACUUCAAAAGAUCAUUUCAAAUAUUGAUUGCGUGGAGUAAAAUUCUAUCACGAGGAUUUUUUGAUUCCUUGAAUGGCUGGUCAUUUUGUUGACAAGUGAAUCACCUACAUAUGGAUCUUUUUUAGUUUCCAAGGUGUUGCUGCUCCUUGAACUAGAAGUCUGGGGUUGCUGAUCUGAUGUUCUGAUGGCAUCUUAAAUAUUGAUUUUAUUGAUUUCGUUGGAACAUUUCAUCAUCACUUGCUUUAUUGUUUCUUGGGACAACUGAAGAGAAUAUGUUCAUUAGUGGCCCAGCAUUCAGAGUGAUUUUGGGUAUAUAGUCCAUCGAGGAGCUGGCCUAUGUAACUGUUCUGUGCCUAGAGAGCUCAAGUUACUGAGUAUGCAUGUGAAUGUCUCUGUUCUUGUUUGUGCAUUUGCUUUCAUACGAGAGAUUCUAUUGCCACCUGACAUUGGAUUUUUAUGCUAAAAUGGUUUUACAACAUAUAGGAGUGCUAAAAGUGCUAAUCCAAAGUCUUAUGGCGUUUCCAAAUCAAGAAAGUUCUUACGCCUGAAACUCUUCAUCUGGACACCGAAGGCAGCUUUUGCUCUAAUUGGACCGCUAACCAGUCCAAGUCUAUAAAUUGCCUUCGGUGCUUUAUUACAAGUUUUGAUUAAGCUUCAACAAGUUUUGAUAUUUUGAGGCCAUAAGCCCCCAACACUACACGGAGAUUCAUUUCAUUGCUCCUUUCUGCUCCUCGUUGGGCCUGGCCAUGUAAAGAGGAGAAGGGACAUCCCACCCAAUUAUUUCUGGGUGGGCUUCGUUACUUCUUUCCAAGCCUUGUCAUUGCUUGUUGCACCCAAGAAGGAAAAGCUAUGCUGGGUUCAUACAGCUGAAUGUCGGAGAAACCAGGGGGUGUCUGGUUGCAGUCUUGAAAAGCAUAACUGGACGUGGAACUGUUAUGAGUCCAAGAGUACCUCCAUCUUCAACAAUUUAAUAUGGAGAAGGGUGGGACUUUUAAGGGCUUAAGGCAUGGCAGGCUUCUCUCUGUAUUAUAAAUAUUUCGUAAUCUGGUUCGACUCAGUAAAAAUGAUCUUUUGGAAGGUGUUAUAAUUUCAAUGGUAGAUACAAUGAUGAGAAUGCUCACUGAGGGUGAAAAGCCAAGAACGCACAAGGACGAAGCAAAAAAGCCAUUUUGUGCAUCUUAUCCUGUAUUAUGCUGAAACAUGUUCCUCCAUGCUUUCCAGGUGAAGUGAUGCAGUAGACAAGGCUGAAUCAACAGCGUGAGAUGUAUAAUAGAGGCGAGAUACAGAUUUCGUCCAUAAAGGGUCAAGCAUCGUAGGACUUUAUAUAAGUGCACUGUUGGAGUUGGAAGCCAUCCAUGGGCGAAGCAUCAGUAGGGAACGGGCAUGGCGCAGCGACCGCCCCCUGAUCUGCGAGCGAAGCACAAGCUGCCGGAGUCACACCGCUCGAAACCCCUGCGACAUCAGCGCAGUACCAUGGCGUCUUCAUCGACUUCGCCAGCUGAACCGUGACGUUGGAGACGCAGAUGCCGGUGAAGGGCGCGCUGGGGAUGCCCUCCAGCCUCGCCGCCAUGGUGACGUUGUAAGCCACCACCUCGCUGUAGCUGAUCCCGUCCACCACCGGGAUGGCGUUGGGGUCGUACUUGUCGUCGGGGUGCGACUUGUAGCUCCCCGUCAUCCAGAAGACCCACUUCAUGGUGUUCAGAUUCAUCCUCCGCACGAAGACGUCCUUCACGUAGGCGCCUCUGCCCACCGCCGUCUUGAUCCGGAUGCCCGACUCCGAGUUCAGCGCGGUGAUGUCCUCCGCCCUCACGUCUCGGAUCCCGCCGGACAUCUCGCUCCCUAGGGCGAUCACGGCGCUGGUCGGCGACACGCAGGUGAGCCUUCUGAUGACGAUGUGCUGGCUCGGCAUCCCGUAGGAGAUGCCGUACUCGUCCCACCCGCUCUUGAUCGCCACGCAGUCGUCGCCGGACACUAUGUAGCAGUCCUCGAUCCGGACGUUGUAGCAGGAGUCUGUCAGAUCAAGAAGAAGAACCUGAGCAACUCAUGUAUCCCUAAUCACACACUACACGGAACAGCAUGAGCACCUGGGUUGAUUCCGUCGGUGUUGGGGGAAUGAACCGGUGCAAGAAUGGUGAUCCCGGAAACGACGAUGUUACUGCACAACCCAACCGAUGCGGUGAGGAAACAGAGAACGACGGAAGACUCGAGUACAAGAAAUGGAAGUAGACCUGCUGUAGACCGGAUGGAUGUUCCAUGCAGGGGAAUUGAGCAAGGUGAGGUUGGAGAUGAAGAUCUGGUUGGAGUGCAUCAGCUCGAUGAGGUAUCCUCGAGUGUACUUGAGCUUGUUGCUGUGGAACUGCGACCACCACGAGGCGCCCUGCCCAUCGAUCGUUCCAUUGUCCCCUGACAUGAAAUGAAAUCUCAGUCUCAGAACAGUGACUUACUUCACGGAAAGGGAAGAAGCUGCAAACAGAUACUUUCUGCAGUUUGACUCCGUGCGUCAACGAUAAAGGCUGACGAUGUUUUACCAUACAAAGGUAUGUCAUCACAUCUCUGCAAUGUAUCAAUUACGAGGAGGAGGAGUGGGCGGGGAGAUUACCUGGGUGGCGAGGAUGACGGCAUCGCGGUGGAGGAAGAGGGUGAAGGAGCUGGUGAGGUUGAAGGGCCCGGUGAGCCACCGACCGGCGGGGACGAAGAGCAUCCCGCCGCCGUCGGAGGCGAACUGGCUGAGGUGCGAAACCGCAGCCUGGAACGCCGCCGUGUUGGAGGUGGCGCCGUCGCCGACUCCGCCGAAGUCCGACAGGGACGCCGUGUGGGCCCGGCAAGCGGCGGCCGAGUACUUGAACUGCUCCACCCCUCCGCCUUUGCCGUCGUCGCUGCCACCGGGUAACUGGCGCUUUCUUCUGAUGCAUUCCGCCGGUCCGAUGAACGCCGCCGCCACCAGCAGCCACGUCGCUAGAAUCUGGCAGCGAAAAGACGAUGAAUGGUUAGGGAAGAAUCAACAUUUACAACGGAGCUAAAUCUCUGAUCCUUUUCACUGUUCCUCGCAGGAUCGACACGUAAAAGACGGUUCUUUUGCGAUGAAGAAGCGAUCUUUGAGGUGGAACUCCAGGAAAAGAGGUGGAGCAAGAACGCAAUCCGCAGCGUCAUCCUCUCGUUUGCAUGCUUCAACAUCGAUUGAUAAGAUGAACGGAUCAAUCCGAGAUCAGAGGCUACGAGUUAAAGUUUCGGUUUUUCCGUGUCCUCGAAGGUAAAAAAAAUGAUUCCUUUUCCUUUAGGAGGAACUCAAGAAAGGGAUGACAAGAACGCAAUGCGUCAAGUCGCUCUCUUGCUUUGGCAAAAAAGAUCACUCUUUUAUCGACAUUUGAAGAAAAAGGAUGCAUAGAAGUAAAAAAUGAAGCUUUUUUUGGAGAAUCAGAAAAAGGGCGAAGAAGGGAAUGAUAACAAAGAAGAAGCAGAGGAGAAGGAAAUGGUCCAUACUCUGCUUCCGUUCAACCUAAAACAAGAAGAAGAAGGAGGAGGAGGAGGCCAUGAGAGAACAGAGACGGUAACGGUGAUACCAGUGGGAGUGAGAUGCUGCUGCGCCCUUGCAACUCCAUCGUCGAUGUCCCUCAGCGACCGGACUUGCGACGAAGACGAGGGGGAGGGCGGGCAAAUGGAGUCCAUUUAUAGGGGCUUCUCUCGUACACCAUCAUAUCCCUUCGGCGUAUAAGGUGUGUCCAUUGGCGUCACAUCAGAGACGUAUCUACCUCAACACGAUGUGGCAUUGAUACCGAUAUUGGAUCUCGAUUUAGACCUUUUAACCGGAUAGAAUGUAAGAUGGAGAUCUAUGAGAUGAAAUCGAAACAUAACAUCAAGAAUUAAUCUUUUCAUAUAUUAUACAGAUAUAUCAUCAAACAUUUUCAUUGUAAUCACAUAGCUUUAGUGAUGCAUUUUUUGUGUAAUGAUACAUCGAGUUGUAAUGGUCUUCCGAGGAAUCAGUACAUGCGAGAUAAACAUCAAGACGAAAGAGAGAGAGAGAGAGAAAGGGCGACACAUCAAACAGUGUUUGUUGACGUUACCUGAUUCCAGAAGACGCAGCAGGAGGCAACAAUUAAGGCCCGUGAUCGUUGCUUCGUCGGCAUGCGCGCCCGUGCUCCGCCCCGAUCACGGGCGGAGAGGCCGGUGCGGUGACCCACCACAAAUCCUCACGUGAACGUGAAAGUAACGAGAAGACGGAGCAGCAGAGCAGGAGUCAAAGCGUCGUGCUGACACAUCGCGACUGCAGAGCUCCGAACAUUUUUGUUUUUGUUUUGGGAUAGUUGAUGUUUUCAUGUUUGUUUGUUUGUUUUUAUUUAUCAAGAACACAAUUUUCUUUAAA